AUUAAUAACGCGUAAAAGUGUUAGGCCCGUUCGAGUAGAAUAGCGCGUUGGACAGCCCAACUUGAAUGAAUCGAUCGACUUUUAUUAAAAAAACAAAAGUAGGGCAAAAAACAAAAAACAGAACCUCGACAUUAACCUAAACCUAAGAGCAAAGCAAAUCGACGGCGACGGGAAAAUAGAACCGCAGAUCUCUGUCUCCUCUCUCUCUCGUAACUGUUUGUUCGAUGGCACCGAAGAAGGCGGAGGAAGUGGUCGAAAGCCCUCCUGUUUCCAGUGAAGAAGAAGAAUCUGGCUCAUCUGGAGAAGAAUCUGAAUCUUCUGCUGAAGUUCCGAAGAAAGUCGAGUCUUCGCAAAAGCCUGAAUCUGACUCUGAAGGCGAAUCUGAAUCGGAGUCCAGUUCUGGGCCCGAGCCCGAGUCCGAGCCUGCUAAGACGAUCAAGCUGAAGCCUGUUGGGACUAAACCAAUUCCAGAGACGUCUGGAUCUGCCGCGACUGUACCUGAGAGUUCAACGGCUAAGCGUCCUUUGAAGGAAGCUGCUCCUGAAGCUAUUAAGAAGCAGAAGACAUCGGACACUGAGCAUGUGAAGAAGCCGAUAACUAAUGAUGAGGUUAAGAAGAUUUCUUCAGAGGAUGCUAAGAAGAUGUUUCAGAGAUUGUUCAGUGAGACGGAUGAAAUCGCUUUGCUUCAAGGUAUUAUUGAUUUCACAUCUACCAAAGGAGAUCCUUAUGAGGAUAUUGAUGCUUUUUGCAUUUAUGUGAAGAAACUGAUCGAUUUCGAUGCUACCAAAAACCAAAUUGUUACUAAACUUCAGAGGUUGAAGAAGAAGUUUAAUAAUGCUGUGAAGAAUUCUCUUAAGAAGGGAAAGACUGAAGAUGAUAUUGAGUUUGCUAAAGAUCUUGAGCAAAAAGGUUUUGAAUUGUCCAGAAAGAUUUGGGGAAGCAAUGGUGUUUUGGUUACUGGUAAAUCAUCAAGGAAGAAAGUUGGAGGAACACCUGCACCGAAAGAGAUGAAGUUAGUAGCUCACUCUACUCCCAAGAAACAACAAGAAGAAGCGAAGAAACCGGAAAGAACAGAGGCAAAGGUUGUGAACACAGGUCUCUCCAUUGGUAAAGAGAUUGCAUCGUUCCUCAAUGCAGAUAAUGGGAGUUCUUGUGGUUUGGAUGAAUCCACAUUAACUGCGGUUUGGGCAAAGGUUGCGGAUGGAGCUGAGAAGAGAGAAGUGGAGGAGAAAUGGAAGAAGCUUAAGGCUAAGCAGUUUGAGCUAUGUUUGCAGAGGUCUGGACUCGUGAAUGAAACUGCAAAGAUGAUAUUCAAAGCCUAUGAAUCUUGAGCGGUUUGUCUUUUUACUUUUUUAGUAUGCAUCUUUGAGUCUUUUUUGUAUUGUGCAUUUUAGCUUGUGAAACUAAUCCUUAUGUAAGUCUUUUUUCGUAUUUUCUUUAUGCCCCUAUGUUGGAUGUUUGGUUUGGGUAUAUGACCCUUUUAUUUAUUACUCUUGUUCGGUUUCUAUGAUAUUAGACAGAAGAUGGAAUAGCCCUAUUAGUUCUUUUAUGUUAAAAGCUGUGAAACGACUUAAGCUGUGAAACGACUAGUCAAUGUGUGUUAUCA